AUGGCCAUGAGGAAGGAUACACUCUUUUGCCCCCCGCGGCUGUUGGUGUUGCUCGUGCUUGGUUCAUUGCUGGCACCAUCACACCAGGAAGGCGACUUCGACAAGUGGGUGACACUGCGGCUGACGACUAAUGUUGGUAAAUCUACUGGUGGAGGUAAGGAUCCCGAACUCACCUCUGCCGAGUCUAGUAGAGUUAACAAUGGGAUCGAGCCCAACAACGACUUGGGCGGCGAAAAUGGUUACUACAAGACCAUCAGUGAGUCCAUCGCCAACAUCCCCGAUAACAGCACCAGCCGCUAUGUUCUCACUCUCCAAGCGGGCACUGUAUUUCGUGAGAAGGUGUUCCUAAACAAAAGCAAGCCAUUUGUCACCUUCAAGUCCGAUCCUAAGAACCCUACCACCAUCGUCUGGAACGACACCGCCACCACCUUGGGCAAGGAUGGAAAGCCCCUUGGCCCCGUCGGCAGUAGCACCGUAACCAUAGAAUCUGAUUAUUUCAUCGCGUAUGGCAUCAUCUUCAAGAAUGAUGCACCAUUGCCAAAGCCGGGGGCUAACAAAGGCCAAGCGCCGGCGCUAAGGGUGUUGGGAACAAAGGCAACCUUCUAA